CCAACCAAGACUCCAAAAGAAAAAAAAAAACCCGAUAAGAGCAGCGUCAGUCAAGUGAUAGUAACAUACUGUAGCAGGAAGUUUUGUGUAUACCCAUCCAGUUAGCCAUGGUGGACUCCACUGCUGCUUGCUAAAUGACUGAAUUUAGCACAGCACUGUUCCUUUCAUUCAGAACACGACGCACACAUCGUCGUGUUUCUUCGGCGUUCCUGCUUGAAAGCUUCCGACAAGCGUAGAAUGUUGUCAUCGCUGAGAGCUCUGUUUGGACUUAUAGUUUUGCUUGAAUCUUGAAGCACGAUGUUCUCUCUGCUGCGUAGCCCUUGUCCAGGAGCGGUUUGGUACUUUGGUUGUGUGAGUUCUUGUCCGUGAGAUCGAGAUUCUUCAGAGCUGAUCAAGACUUGGAUGCUCGCAUGCAAGUAAGCCUGUGAAUUUUGCGCAGCAGUAAGUCAUUCGGAUCAGAUUCAGAAGACUUCUCAAGUUACUCCUCGUCAACCUCAAGCUUGCCAUCGGACGUUAAAUCCGCCAUGGAUAAGCUCCAGUUAGCUCUGAUCCUCGUGGGGAUCAUCUCAGCCCUCUGCUGCUUCAGCGCCGCUGCAUACACUCCUGCAGACAACUACCUCAUCAGCUGCGGCUCCUCGGUCGCCACGACGGUCGGCGAGAGGGUCUUCGUCCCCGACGACUCCGGCUCGGUCACCCUGACCUCUUCUCACAGCGCCGCCGUAAGAGCUACGCCCGGCCUCGAGAUCGCCGCGCUGUACCAGACCGCCAGGGUGUUCACGGCGCCGUCGUCCUACGCGUUCAAGAUCAGCCGCCCCGGCCGCCACUUCGUCCGCCUCCACUUGUUCCCCUUCGCGAGCCGGAGCUACGACCUCGCUGCCGCGAGCUUCAAGGUGUCGACGCAGGACGCCGUCCUGAUCGGCAGCUACGCGCCGGCGAAGAGCGGCGCGCCUCAGCCGGUGCCCCACGAGUUCUUGCUCGACGUCGCCCGUGGCACGCUCAUCGUCACGUUCGUGCCGCUGGCCGCCGGAGGCCUCGCGUUCGUCAACGCCGUCGAGGUCGUCUCCGUCCCCGACAACCUCAUGGCUGGCCCGGCAAGGACGUCAGCGUCACUGGGCCAGCAGCUCGUCCCUAUCGUGCUGCCGCUGCACACGGCGUACAGGGUCAACGUGGGCGGCCCGGCGGUCGCGGCCGCCGGCGACACGCUCUGGCGGGGGUGGACCGAGGACCAGAGCUACUUGGCCGCGUCAGCCAAGGCCGGUGUCGUCACCCGAGUGCUGGCCUACAACGGAAGCCUGAACUACCUCGCCGGCGAGGCGACGCCGGACGACGCGCCGGGCGUCGUGUACGCCACGGCCAGGGAGCUGGUCAUGCUGCGCGCGGUGGACCAGAUGACGUGGCAGUUCGACGUCGACGAGCAGCCGUCGGCGAGCUACCUGAUCCGAUUCCAUUGGUGCGACGUCGUGAGCCGGGCACCUCACCUGCUCAGCAUCGAUGUGUACGUGGGCAGUCACACGGUGGUGACCGGUCUCGAUCUGUCCACGAUCGGGAAUGGCGAUCUGGCCGUCCCAUACCACAUGGAUUUCAUCUUGGAUUCCGGCGACCCACUCGGCAAGAUCAUAAUCUACGUUGGGUCGUCGUCGUCGAUGAAGAAGAACAGCAGCGCGUUCCCAGGCCCCAUCCUGAACGGGAUAGAGAUCAUGAAGAUGCACUUCGGCUCGGGUCCCGUCGUCGUCGUCGAGCCAUCAUCGGCCAGAUCGAAGAAGCAGAAUUUGGCCAUUGUUUUGGGCUCAAUCUGUGGAGCCUUCGCCGUCGUGUCCAUCGCCGUUGUGCUUGUCAUUUUCCUCAGGAAGAAAGAGGGGAAGCUGCUGCCGUCACCGUCGCAGAGCCCGUCGUCGACGCCAUGGAUGCCGCUCCUCAACCGGUUCAGCUUGCGCAGCAGAGGACCGGGUGCCAGCGGAGCAGGAUUGCCCAGCAUCACCGCUGACAAGGACAUGCCAGGAGGAGCGAUCCCCAUUGCUGGCUCUUCUGCCCCGAGCUACCGCUUCCCGCUCGCCAUGCUGCAGGAGGCGACGGGCAACUUCGACGAGAACCUGGUCAUCGGCGCCGGCGGUUUCGGGAAGGUGUACCGCGCCGUGCUCCCCGACUGCACCAAGGUGGCCGUGAAGCGCGCGAGCCCGGAGUCGCGGCAGGGCGCGCGGGAGUUUCGCUCGGAGAUCGAGCUGCUGUCCGGCCUGCGCCACCGCCACCUCGUGUCCCUCAUCGGCUACUGCGACGACGGCGGCGAGAUGAUCCUGCUGUACGAGUACAUGGAGCACGGCUCGCUCCGGAGCCGCCUGUACGGCGGCGCCGCCGCCGCCGGGGGGGCGCUCAGCUGGGCGCAGCGGCUGGAGGCGUGCGCGGGCGCUGCGAGGGGGCUACUCUACCUGCACACGGCCCUGGCCAAGCCGGUGAUCCACCGCGACGUCAAGUCGUCCAACAUCCUCCUCGACGGCGGCCUCGCCGCCAAGGUCGCCGACUUCGGGCUGUCCAGGGCCGGGCCGGAGCUGGACGAGACGCACGUCAGCACGGCGGUGAAGGGCAGCUUCGGCUACGUCGACCCGGACUACGCCCGCACGAGGAAGCUGACGGCCAGGUCCGACGUGUACUCGUUCGGCGUCGUGCUGCUGGAGGCGCUGUGCGCGCGGCCGGUGGUGGACCCGAGGCUCCCCAAGCCGAUGGUGAACCUGGUGGAGUGGGCCCUGCACUGGCAGAGCAGGGGCGAGCUGGGCAAGGUCGUCGACCGCCGCAUCGCCGCCGCGGUGAGGCCCCAGGCCCUGGCCAAGUACGGCGAGACGGCGGCCAGGUGCCUGGCGGUGCGCGGCGCGGACAGGCCGGCGAUGGAGGACGUCGUGUGGAGCCUCCAGUUCGUAAUGCGGCUGCAGGACGACAGCGGCCUUGACUUCUCCGACGUGAACAGCCUCAACUUUGUGCGUGAGCUCACGCCGCCUUUGGAUCCUCGUCAGAGAAGCUCGCACGAGAACGAAGCCGGUGGUGAGGGGGAGGGUGUGGCCGACGGCGAGCUCACCGAUGUGUCCAUGCAAGGUGCCUUCUGGCAGAUGGUCAAUGGGGGCGGGAGGUGAAGGUGAAGCGCAGAGAAUCGUCAGAUUAAGAAACAUGUUAACGUUCAGCGUUGUCAGACUGCAAUAUAUGAAUACUGGAAAGUCUUUUUUUUUUGUAACAUUCCAGAAUCAGAACUUGAAUCAGCUUCAAUUUGUGGAGCACUCGGACAGGUACCACCCGAGAAGCCCUUUAU